AUGCCCAGCUCAGAAGGAGCCAGCUCAUCUGCUUCGCCGCCGCCAUCCUUCGCAUCUCUCGGCUUAAUCGACCCCUUACUUAAAGCGCUCGAUCAAGUAAACUUCAAACAGCCCACCGAAAUACAGUCUCAAGCCCUUCCUUCUGCUCUUCUUGGGCGAGACAUCAUCGGCGUGGCGGAGACCGGGUCAGGUAAAACCGCUGCCUUUGCUCUGCCGAUUCUUCAAAAAUUAUGGGAAGAGCCCAAGGGACUCUUUGCAUGCAUCCUCGCGCCUACCCGUGAGUUGGCCUAUCAAAUAUCGCAGCAGUUUGAGUCUUUGGGAUCGGCCAUGGGAGUUCGCUGUUUGGUUUUGGUGGGAGGUGUGGAUAGAAUGCCUCAAGCCGUUGCGCUGGCCAAGCGACCUCACAUCAUCGUUGCUACUCCGGGACGCCUCAACGACCACCUCCAGAAUACAAAGGGUUUCAGCCUGCGAAGCCUCAAAUUUCUGGUUCUUGAUGAAGCGGAUCGUCUUCUAGACAUGGAUUUUGGUCCAGAUAUCGACCAAAUCUUGAAAGUCAUUCCAAAAGAACGAACCACGUACUUGUUUUCGGCGACAAUGACCACGAAAGUUGCUAAGCUGCAGAGGGCCAGUCUCUCAAAUCCUGUCCGUGUUGAAGUUUCAUCAAAAUACCAAACCGUAUCGACCCUUCUGCAGUAUUACCUUUUCAUACCAUUAGCUCAAAAGGAUGUACAUUUGGUAUAUCUUGUGAACUCUUUAGCGUCAAACUCCAUCAUCCUCUUCACGAGAACGGUACACGACGCGCAGAGACUCUCUAUCGUGCUGAGAACUCUGGGCUUUCCCGCAGUUCCUCUUCAUGGACAAUUGUCUCAAAGUCAGAGAUUGGGUGCACUGGGAAAGUUCAAAAGUGGAGGCCGGAACAUAUUGGUGGCUACGGAUGUUGCGAGUCGGCAUGUACUUCAUUCUGGAUUCAUGGGUCCUACUGACCACCACUACAGAGGUCUAGAUCUACCUUCGGUCGACGUCGUGAUUAAUUUCGACAUUCCUUCCCAUUCUAAAGAUUAUAUCCAUCGGGUCGGUCGAACUGCACGCGCAGGCAGGUCCGGGAAAUCGGUCACGAUUGUCACCCAAUACGAUGUCGAGCUCAUCCAGCGCAUUGAAACAGUCAUUGCGAAGAAGAUGGAGUUGUGGCCAACAGAUGAAGAAGAGGUUGCUUUACUCCGUGAGCGAGUAGAAGAGGCUGGACGUGUAGCGAUCAACGAGCUCAAAGAGGAAGCAAGAUUCAAUGAAGGACGUAAACGCAGACGUGAAGAUCGAGGCUCCAAAGACGACCGAGACCGAGAUGAUGACGUGGUGGAGGCUGGAGGUGUCCCUAAAAAGCGCGGCAAAGCAAGACAUUAA